AUGGACCUGACGAACCCCUGGGUUAUGGAGAUGUUACGGGUUCUUGGUCUUGUGGAUGAGUAUCGAGGUCUGGGGAGUGUUGGGGAGGUUGUGGAUUUUGACUCGUUUUUUAUUACGAGGGCGUUGGGGGAAAGGAAGUUGUUAGGUUCUUGGCGACGACCAAUAGUCAAGGAACAACAGGAAUAUAUCCAGUAA